AUGACGUCCUCUUCCUCGAACGUCGUCGGGGUACAUUAUCGGGUGGGAAAGAAGAUUGGUGAAGGCUCCUUUGGGGUUAUUUUUGAAGGCACCAAUCUUCUGAAUAAUCAACAAGUUGCUAUCAAGUUUGAACCGCGAAAGAGUGACGCCCCUCAACUCCGAGAUGAGUAUCGAACCUACAAGAUCCUCGUUGGUUGCCCCGGCAUUCCUAAUGUAUACUAUUUUGGCCAAGAAGGCCUCCACAAUAUCCUCGUUAUUGACCUCUUAGGCCCUAGCCUGGAGGAUCUUUUCGACCAUUGCAAUCGAAGAUUCUCUAUAAAAACUGUUGUAAUGGUGGCAAAACAAAUGGUAUUGCUGCCCCCAUCCAACAGAAUACAUCUAUCGAGAGUCCAAACAAUUCAUGAAAAGAACCUUAUCUAUCGCGAUAUCAAACCAGACAACUUUUUAAUUGGCAGACCUGCUUCAAAGGCUGCCAAUGUGAUUCAUGUCGUCGAUUUUGGUAUGGCAAAGCAAUACAGGGACCCAAAAACAAAACAACAUAUUCCUUACCGUGAACGUAAAUCGCUAUCUGGUACUGCACGCUACAUGAGUAUCAAUACCCAUCUUGGCAGAGAACAGUCUCGUCGGGAUGAUCUCGAAGCACUUGGCCAUGUCUUCAUGUACUUUCUCCGCGGUGGUUUACCAUGGCAAGGAUUGAAGGCUGCUACUAAUAAACAAAAGUAUGAAAAAAUUGGAGAGAAAAAACAAACAACUGCUGUCAAGGAUCUUUGCGAAGGAUAUCCAGAGGAAUUUAACAAGUAUCUUACGUAUGUUCGGAACCUUGGUUUUGAAGAUACCCCUGAUUACGACUACUUGCGCGAUCUCUUCACCCAGGCAUUAAAGAACACCGGUGACGUGGAAGAUGGAGAGUACGAUUGGAUGAAGCUAAAUGGCGGUCGAGGCUGGGAGGCGUCUAAGUCCUACCCUCCCCAACACCACUUGCACACAGGCAACGCAAUGCCCAAUUCAUCCGCUCGGGAGAUUCAUGGAGCUUCAGCGGCAAGAGGCCCUCAUCCUCAAAGACCCGGAAUCACCGCUGACCGUUUAAACGCCGCGCAGCCCCCACCCCCGUCUCCUGCGAAACCAGGAGCUGGGAAACAAGCGCGAGAGCGGCCAAACGCAUUAGGCGGGCCGCAAGUCAAACGUCCAAACGGAGCGGUGGGGGGUCUCGAUGCAACAGCUGCAGCUUCAACACAGGCUCAGUUCCAGAAUUCAAAUGCACACCUUCCGAGCCGGAUCACCAACCCAGUCAAUAGCACAACGAACAGCCCUCAGGUUCAACAGCAAGCUCGGCGGACCCCUGAACCCGAACCUACUUUUGUGCAAAAAGUGAUGAAAGUUUUGUGCUGUGGUGAGUCUUACCUUUGCAGGCCUUUGAGCGCCACUGCUUACAAAUUUCUAGGUUGA